CCCAUCAUACCGCAGGGCGGUCGUUUGCCAAAUAGUGUGUCCAUUGGAUCGGUACCGGUCUUUAGCUCGUUGGCGAGAACGAGCAGAAGCAAGAAGGGAAAGAAGAGAAAAGUUUAUCUUGAUCUUCGAUAAUGCCGAACAUUAGACCACUGUCGGCCGAGCUGGCCAAGAAGGCCGCUGACGAGCUGUUCGAGAAACCGGAACGUCUGGACGAAGAUUUGGCAGCGCUACGGACAUGGCUAUCCAAGUGUCCGCACAUUAAGGCCCGCACCGAUGAUCAGUUUCUGAUGAUGUUCCUGCGCGGCUCCAAACACAGUUUGGAACGAGCGAAGGAGAAGCUGGACAUGUACUACGCCAUCCGAACGGCAGCACCCGAGCUGAUGCGCAACCGUGAUCCGGAGGAUGCGAAGGUGCAGGAGCUGAUAAGGCUCGGUUCGGCGAUACCGCUACCGAACACGGUCACACCAGAUGGUCCGAGGAUUGUUCUAAUGCGUCCCGGAGUAAACGAUCCCACCAAGUACACCAUUCAGGAGGUGUUCCGCUACAACACCAUGAUGGCCGAUAUUAUGAUGAAGGAAGACGAUAAUCUAAUCGUAGCCGGACAGCUGGGAAUUCUGGAUCUUUCCGGGGCAUCUAUGGCACACUUCCUGCAGAUUAGUCCUUCGUUCGUGAAGAAGGCUACCAUGUGGAGUCAGGAAGGCUCACCGUUGCGUCAGAAGGGUUUCCACUACGUGAACACACCGAGUGGGUUUGAGCUGGUGUACAACAUGUUCAAGAACUUCCUGAACGAAAAGAACCGUUCGCGGUUGUACGUGCACGGGAGCAAUCUGGACACGUUGUACGAGCACAUUCCAAAAAGCAUGCUGCCGACUGAGUACGGCGGAGAUGCUGGCCCAAUUCAGGACAUCGUUGAUGCUUGGGCCAAGAAGAUGCUCAGCUAUAAGGAGUACUUCAAGGAAGAAGACAACUAUGGUACGGACGAGAAGAAGCGCCCGGGACGACCAAAGAAUGCCGAUACCCUGUUCGGGCUGGAAGGUUCCUUCCGGAAGCUGGAAGUCGAUUGAGCUUCGCAGUAACAAAUGAAAUGUUAAUUGAUUAAUCAUCCGUUAAGCUCACCAACAUCAACCUCAUACACAUUCAGGCAUCAAACCAGUAAUCAAAAACCUUCGAAAACUAUCAGGUAAACAACAUAGGAAAUGUCGCUUAACUCAGCAUUUACACUACCGUUUUCCUUACAAGCCGCAAUCGUCGUUGCCAAAUUCUCGUGUGCUCUAUUGUUGGAGCCAGGUGGAUGACCACGCAAAAUUCGGUAUUAUCGGCAAACACGGCACCCCAUUUCGUGGGUUGGGAAGCACAAUCCAAAAACACUGCAAAAGGCUCGUAAACGUAAAAGGUGCGGAGUUAUCUUAUCGACGAAGCCCUGGUUCAAGAUCAAUAA